AUGCUCUCCCUCAAGUCGGCGGCCCUCGUGGCCUUGUCGGGAGGUCUCUUCCAAAUGGCCGAUGCCCAAUACAAGAUUGGCACAAAGGCCGAGAUUAAAGACACGGCAGCAAAACUCGCCUACGAUCUCAUGCUGCAAUAUGACGGAAACACGACUGGCAUGAUCCCCGGUAUCUUGCCUGGACCGCCCACAGAGUUCAAGGGUGACUACUACUGGUGGGAGGGAGGCGCCAUGAUGGGAACAUAUAUCGACUACUGGAAGCUCACCGGCGACUCGAGCUACAACCACGUCAUCAUGGAGGGCAUGCUGCACCAGACGGGUGACGGCCACGACUACAUGCCCGAGAACCACACAGCUUCGCUCGGAAACGACGAUCAAGGCUUCUGGGGCAUGUCGGCCAUGCUGGCUGCCGAGAACAAGUUCCCCAACCCUCCCGAAGACAAGGCUCAAUGGCUCGCCCUUGCGCAGGCCGUCUGGACGACGCAGGCCCACCCCAAUCGACACGACAAGGAGUGCAAUGGAGGUUUGCGAUGGCAGAUUCCUUUCACCAAUGCUGGUUACAACUACAAGAACACAAUUGCCAACGGAUGCUUCUUCAACCUUGGAGCUCGACUUGCCCGAUACACCGGUAACUCGACCUAUGCGAAGUACGCUGAAGAGACUUGGGAUUGGCUUUGGGCUGUUGAAUACAUCGACCAUGAGAACUGGAGGGUGUACGAUGGUGGACACGUCGAGAAGAACUGCACCGACAUCAACAAGGCCACAUUCUCGUACAAUGCUGCUAUUCUGCUGCAGGGUGCGGCUUUCAUGUACAACUACACGAAUGGCUCCGAGAUCUGGGAGACCCGCGUCAACAACCUCACCGAUUCCCUCCUCAAGAACUUCUUCCCCAAGGGCAUCGCAUGGGAGGUCCCCUGCGAAGGCCGUAAGGGCGCCUGCUCGACCGACAUGCUUUCCUUCAAGGGCUACGUUCACCGAUGGCUCGCGGUCGUCACUCAGAUCGUCCCUCAACUCCAAGAGAAGAUCCUCCCCGUCCUUCAAACCUCGACCGAAGCCGCCGUCAAGCAGUGCACGGGUGGAAAGUCUGGCCGCGCCUGCGGAUUCUACUGGAGCGAUGGAGUUUUCGUUGACCCGGCUGUCGACGAGACAAGUGGUGCGGGAGAGCAGAUGAGCGUGCUGGCGGCUGUAUCGAGCUUGUUGAUUGGUGACGCCGAACCCCCCGUGACCAACCGAACCGGCGGUAUUUCCAAGGGAGACCCCAACGCGGGCAAGGAGUCGCACGACACGCCGGAGCCGGAUCCCAUCACGCAGGCCGACAAGGCCGGGGCCGGUGUUCUCACAUUUUUGAUCCUGAGCAGCGCGCUCGGGACGUUUGUUUGGAUGUGCGCUUUCGACUGA